AUGCGUUGGUUCAUCACCGCCACAGUUCUCGUCGCCGGCACUCUAGCUCAAUCAACCGAAGACUACCUCAAGUGCGCCAGCGCCGCCCUCGGCAGCGUUGACACAUCAAAGUUCACCUCUUGCACCUCGAAGACCUCACAAGAAUGUUUCUGCGCCAACAAAUCUGCCAUCGAAACCCUAACAACCUCCUCCGUCACCGCCUGCGCCGGUCUGGACCUAAGCACCUUGACCUCAGCCCUGUGCAGCAGCGAUAGCAACCGCGAAGCCGCACCCGCCCGGGAAGCAAGCAAGCCUAUGCAGCCGCUCAACAAUAGGCGCGCCGGCGCACCCGAAGAUGCCGCCCUGCACGUCGUCUACGUGACCGAGACCCGCACUGAUUGCAGCUGCAAGAGCACGCCUGUCUCUCAGGCACCUUUGCAUGUCUCGCAGAUUCCAGUUGAUGUCCCGGCGCAUAGUGUGUUCGCUUCUGUACCAGCGGCGGCGUCGACGCCGGCUGGUCGUAGGCAUGGAAUUAUGGGUAGUGCACCGUCGUCAGUGAUGUUCGGACCGCAAGCUUCUGCGGCGACGCCUUCGGCUAGGCUAGCUGGUGCUGAUCCUACUCGUUUCUCGCCUUUCCAGGGGGGUGCUGCUGCGGGGGCUUCGGUUCAUGUGGGUGUUGCGGUGCUUGGGGUUGCGGCAGUAAUGGCUGUGAUGGUUGCUUUGUAA